AGCAGGCGAUGGACUGCACGAGAAGAAUAUCAAUCAAUCAAUGUUUAUUUAUAUAGCCCUAAAUCACAAGUGUCUCAAAGGGCUGUACAAGCCACAACGACAUCCUCGGUACAGAGCCCACAUACGGGCAAGGAAAAACUCACCCCAGUGGGACGUCGGUGAAUGACUAUGAGAAACCUUGGAGAGGACCGCAUAUGUGGGUAACCCCCCCCUCUAGGGGAGACCGAAAGCAACGGAUGUCGAGUGGGUCUGACAUAACAUUGUGAAAGUCCAGUCCACAGUGGAUCCAACACAUCAGCGGGAGUCCAGUCCACAGCGGGGCCAACAGGAAACCAUCCCGAGCGGAGACGGGUCAGCAGCGCAGAGAUGUCCCCAACCGAUGCACAGGCUGACGAGUUACUCAAUUUUCUUGGUAAAAUUCGCUGAUAAGUUGGUGAAGAUGAGUUACCAGGUUUUGUCGUAUGAGGGUUUGGUGCACGCUCUGUCCGGAGCAAUGGGAAGUGUAACUGCCAUGACAGUAUUCUACCCCCUUGAUACUGCAAGGCUGAGGCUUCAAGUGGACGAGAAGAGGAGGGCACAAUCAACUCCAGCAAUACUAGCAGAAAUAAUCAAGGAGGAAGGACUACUGGCUCCAUACAGAGGAUGGUUCCCAGUCAUCUGCAGCCUGUGCUGCUCCAACUUUGUCUACUUCUACUGCUUCCACAGUUUGAAGGCCAGCUGGCUGAAGCAGCAUCAGUCGGCACCUCGCACUGACUUGCUGCUUGGCAUAGUUGCAGGUGUUGUGAAUGUACUAGUGACUACACCGCUGUGGGUCGUCAACACCCGACUGAAGCUUCAGGGCUCCAAAUUCCACAAUGCAGAUAUACAGCCCACCAACUACCGUGGCAUUAUGGAUGCUUUUGUGCAGAUCAUCCAAGACGAGGGUGUGGGAGCGCUGUGGAACGGCACCUUCCCUUCCCUGCUGCUGGUCCUGAACCCUGCCAUCCAGUUCAUGAUCUAUGAAGGUCUGAAGAGGCAACUGAGGAGAGGAGUUCUCAGGGAGCUGUCAUCUUUUGAGGUUUUCGUGAUUGGCGCAGUUGCAAAAGCGGUUGCCACCACCGUGACCUACCCCCUGCAGACUGUGCAGUCCAUUCUCAGGUUUGGUCAGUUCAACAAGUCGACAAAGUCUACGCUGCUGUCCAGUCUAAUGACCGUCAAGUGUCUGCUAGUCAACAGAGUGAGGAAAUUUGGUCUCUUGGGUCUGUUUAAAGGCCUGGAGGCCAAGUUGCUGCAGACAGUGCUGACUGCCGCCCUCAUGUUCCUUCUAUAUGAGAAGAUUGCCAGCUGCACCUUCAGAGUCAUGGGACUGAGCAACCAGCACAAAAAACGCUAGCUAGCGAGACGUGGACCGUACUUGUUCACUGACACAUGGUGACCGUCCAGAGAGGGGGUGCUGGAGCCUAUCUCAGCUGCAUUCGGACGGAAGGCGGGGUACACCCUGGACAAGUCGCCACCUCAUCACAGGGCCAACACAGACUAAUCCAAACAUAUUUUAACAAAAAAAGAAUGCAUUGGCUAUUCACCACUGAUAUCAAUGUGCCCAAUGCCCACACCUUUAAUAAAUAACUGGUACUCUUUGCCAUUAAGUGCAUCCAAUUAUGGGG